AUGUCGGAUGAAAGACUAGUCCUAGGUGUCAAUGACAGUUUACUGUUUAGUGCGAUCACCUCCAAAUCUAAUGAGGACAUACACCAGAUUUUUAUGUUAACCGAAUACAAGCUGACGUCAUUUUCUAACCACGCCCUUAACUGGAGCGUCUUACAAGCUUGUCGUCUGGGUCAUGAACUUUUGAUUCAGUACCUGCUCCAAGAUGGCGCCAGGCUAGAAGUCCGGGACGACAACGGAAACACGCCCCUUUUAAUUUGCUCAACCAAAAAUAUUCCAGGCGCGAUCAACUUUUUGUUGAAACAGGGAGCAGACGUCAAUGCUGCUAACAACAAUGGCGACACUGCAAUCAUCCUAGCCGAGUCAAAAGAAGUGAUUAAAAUUUUACUUUCUCACCAUGGCAUUAAUUUAGAUCGUCAGGACAAGAAUGGAGACACAGCUUUAAUGGCCGCUAUUCAGUCUUUCAAUCUAGUCAAAUCCAGUUUGCUGAUCACUUCCGGGGCUUGCCCCAAAACGGUGGUUAACACUUCCGGUGAAAACGCUCUUCAAGUUGCCAACCGUUUAGGAAUAGGCCCCAUUUUGGAAUUGUUGUAUCAUUCCUUUGUGUUGGAAAGGCACCCUCUCAUCAACCAAUCAAUAACUGGAGAUUAUGAGUCUUGCAAUGCCCUCUUGCGUUACAAUCUUUAUGAGGAUACAGAAAUUAUAAAUAUUAGACCUAACAUUCUGUGCGUUGUUUUAAAUUGUAUCAAGGGCCAACAAAAUAACCGUGUCACGCCUGACUUGCUUGAGUUUGUCAGACGACUUUGUCGUUCAGGUGUAAGUGUGAACCAAUGUUCAGACUGUGGCAAGUCCCCCCUGGACAUAGCAGUUGACAUAAAAAAUCAUGACCUGGCUGAGAUUCUGUGUAAGAACGGAGCAGACAUGUCUCACAACACAGUCGUCAAUCUAGUGGUGAAAGACGCUGCUCAUUUGAUACCACUAUUCGCAGUCCAUGGAGCCUAUAUUAACCAAAUACUUCCCAACGGUUACAUUCAGUACCCAGGCUCAGCGCUGGAUGUUGCAUUAAAGCAAGCCAAAAUUGGAAGCGCAAUGGUUUUGUUAUACCACGGAGCUGAGCUAGAUGAGAGCCUCGCUUUGGAACAAGCAGUUGAGACUUGCAACUGCAGAACUUUAGAGUUUCUAUUGGAAGGGUGUAAAGAGAAGGUAGAAGCAUACAUACAAAAUGAACCGGAUCUGUUUUUUAAAGCUAUAAGGACUGGAGACAUUAGGGUCUUAAGUUUGUUGCUGGAGGCUGGAGCAGACGUCAACAUGGUACAUAAAAAUAAAACACCGUUAAUGAACGCGGUGCAUCUAGACGUGAUGCGGUAUUUGUUGAAAAAUGGCGCCGAUGUAAAUAUGAAAUCAAACACAACAUCUAUUAUCAAUGUGUGUUCUGGAAAGUAUAUUUUUGAUAUCAACUACUGUGCGUUUCAGGAGCAGCCAACAGAGGAUCAAGUAGUAGAUAAAUUAAAACAGAUUAUUCGCCUGUUUUUAAAACAUGGCGCUCAUUUGGAUGCUUCAGACGAUAAGGGGAACACAGCUUUAAUAGCCUCGGUAAAUAAAUCAUGUCCUAAGGAUGUUAUGAUAUUUUUACUUAAAGAAGGAUCAAAUAUCAAUCAGCGUAAUUCCAAAGGUGAAUCUGCUCUGUAUACUGCAGUUAUAUUUAAUGAUCAAGAAAAACUAACGAUUCUUCUUAGCCAUGGAGCUAAUAUUAACUUACAAAACAAGGAAGGUCUCUCGCCAUUGCACGAAUCUAUUCACAACAUUGAGACCCUCAAGAUUUUAAUAAAGCAUAAGGCAAAUGUUAACUUAGAAGACUCAAAGGGGAACACCGCUCUGUUACACGCAGUAAAAAAUGUCAAGACCUGUCUACAAGUCUGUGUAGACUCGCUAAUAGAGGCCGGCUCUGAUGUCAACCACACCAACCACGAUGGCAUGACUGCGCUGAUGCUGGCGGCGGACAACCUCAAUUUCGAGAUGUCCUCGUUGCUGAAAGCUAACGCUGAUGUCAAUAUCAUCAACACCAAGCAACAACACCCAAAGACAGCCUUGUCUAUAUUACUAAACAAAUGGUAUCCUGAUUGGGGGAGUCAACAUUUGGCGUCAGAAUUAUUAAAACAUGGAGCCAAUGCAAAGCUUGUUUUGCCUGAGGUUCUACAUCGUAUUAUUGCAAUGGGUAAUGUCCAGUUGGUCCAACAACUUAUUGCUUCAGGGCUUGGACCAACGGACAUUAUUUUACGAAGAAAUCUAAUGGAAUGGCCAGUAAAAACUAUUUCCCCUUUGAGUGUUUGUUUAAUGACAGAUCAACUCCAGUUAGCCAAAUAUUUGAUUGAGAACUGGUACCUAACUCAGUCAGACCUUGCAAUCUUAUCUCGGAAUAAAACUAUUCUAGACCAUCUAGAUUUUAGAAUUAAUGAAUUUUUAAAGGAACACUCAUCACAACCCCCGAGACUGGAGUUUUUAAGCUUCGUCCGUGUUUCCGCUUCCGUCGGUUCUGGUCCAGACAGAGCAGACAAAGUGAAACACUUACGUCUGCCUCCUAUUUUACAAGAAUAUCUUCUGUUUAAAAAAGUGGCAGCAGAAGAAAGUCUGGACGAGGAUGGCAAUGAAGACGACAGCAGUCUCUUUUGUUAUGAGCUUACAAAAAAACAAGUUGGCGCCAGACAGUUCCGUUCUGAAUUUUUGAGUAAAGAUAUACAGUUUCUUGAAUUUCACAACAGCUAUGGAGGUGAAAGCUCGUCAGACGACAGCGAUGGGGAUUGGAACGUGAGCGUCGCCUUGGAGGAAGAGUCACGCUUGAUUAAUCGUGACAGUGCUUCCGGUGCUCUGCCUACAGACAACGAGAGCAGUGUUCCACCUGCAGGCAACGCUGUCCCUGCUCUGUCUACAGACACUUUCAGUUCUGAUGAAGAAGAUGACUAUUUAAAUGAAGAUGAAGAUGAAUCCAGCAAUGAGAUAAAGGAACUAACGUGA